AUGGCUAGGAGUACCCUGAAAAGAGAGGAAGGGGAAGACAAGGCCUUCACUCACGUGGCAUGCGGGUCCAGCACGAGCAUGGCCUUCACUCACGUGGCAUGCGGGUCCAGCACGAGCAUGGUGCGGGUCUCCUCCGUCUUCCCCAUCACAUCAGCCACCCGAGCCUCUUUCAGCAUAGGCCCUCACUCACGUGGCAUGGGGGUCCAGCACCAGCAUGGUGCGGGUCUCCUCCGUCUUCCCCAUCACGUCAGCCACUCGAGCCUCUUUCAGCCACUCCAGCUGCCCAACCCCGCUAAUCCCUCCCCUUUUCUCGCUCAUUCCUCCUCCGUUGCCCCUUCCUCCACCUCCCUGUUCGGUUUUUCCCCCUUCACCCCCUCCUCUCCCCUCACUCCCUUUUCUCCCUUCACCCGCUCCUUCCCCUUCUCCCGCUCCUUCCCCCUCACCCUCUCCUUCCCCUUCCGUUUCUUCCCCGCUCUGCUGUUCCUGAAUCGACUCGAGGGCAAUACUCCUACCACAACUGGCGCUGGCAGUGGCGGCGGUGCUGGCAGAGGUGGCAUUACUGCUGGUGCUGCUGCAGCGUCUGGCGAUGAAGAUGGUGAUGUCAAUGACUGA